AAAAAAUCUCUUUAUUCUGAAAAACCCGGAAUGAAAUCAAUGGCCGUUGAAAGACGUUGCAACCAAGAAGAAUGGUGGCUUGUUGGAGGCUCACAGUCGCACCUUGCUUCUCAAGCCGAUACAGAACUGGGUUUCGUUGCUCAGCAGAGAAUCAACAAACCCUUGUUGAUGGAACCCAAAACAAGAAGAAGAAGAAGGUACUCAUCGUUGGCUCUGGCUGGGCUGGCCUAGGUGCAGCUCAUCACCUCUGCAAACAGGGCUUUGAUGUUACCGUUCUUGAAGGUGGUUAUGAAUUUGGACCAAAUAAAUUGUCCUGUAAUCCCGACGAUGCUGGUAUUCGUGGCUUUUGGCAUCCUUAUCGUAAUAUAUUUGACCUAGUUGAUGAGCUUGGUAUUAAGCCCUUCACAAACUGGACCACAUCUGCACAAUAUUCAGGAGAAGGAUUGGAGGUUGAAUUUCCAGUACUUCAAGAUUUACCUCAAUUGCCGACUCCAUUUGGGACUCUCCUUUACACUCAGCUUGUUCGACUCCCGUUGGUGGAUUGGUUGACAUCACUUCCUAUAAUGGCUGCAGUAAUCGACUUCGAUAACACUGACUCUUCCUGGAGAAAAUACGAUUCAAUUACUGCAAGGGAGCUUUUUAAACAAUUUGGCUGCUCGGAAAGGCUUUAUCAGGAUGUUCUACGUCCAUUGCUUCAAGUGGGUUUAUUUGCUCCAGCUGAGCAAUGUAGUGCAGCCGCUACUCUGGGAGUGCUAUACUAUUUUGUUGUCGCUCACCAGAAAGAUUUUGAUUUCGUAUGGUGCUGUGGGACAGUGGAAGAAAAGAUUUUUGAGCCGUGGAAGGACUCCAUGAGAAACCAAGGCUGUAAAUUUCUGGAGGGUAGAAGAGUAACUGAUUUCCUUUUUAAUGGGGAGACAAGGUGCAUAUCAGAAGUAGUUUGUGGGAAAGAAACUUUAAAAGCUGAUGCAGUAAUCUUGGCUGUUGGAAUCUCCACACUGCAAGAAAUCAUUCAGAACAGUGCAGCAUUAUGUACAGGGGAAGAGUUUCUGAAAGUUUUGAACUUGGCUGGCAUUGAUCUACUCACUGUUAAGCUACAGCUUGAUAGGAAGGUUAACAUUCCCUAUGCAACCAACAUCUGCUCUGGAUUCGAUGAUUCAAACGCAUGGACUUUUUUUGACUUGAACACGAUACAUGAUGAGCAUAAAGAUGAUCCAAUAACAGUUGUGCAAGCUGAUUUUUAUCAUGCCAAUGAGUUGCUGCCAUUGAAGGAUGAGGACAUAAUUGUGAAAGUGAUCUAUUGCCUUUCGAAGUGCAUUAAGGACUUCGAGAAUGCCACAGUAAUCGAGAAAGAAAUUGGAAGAUUUCCAAAAUACCUGACUCACUUCUUUCCAGGUUCAUACAAGUUCAUGAUGCGUGGAUCUACAUCUUUCCCAAACUUGUUUUUGGCUGGAGACUGGAUAGUAACCCGACAUGGUUCGUGGUCACAGGAAAAAUCUUAUGUCACGGGACUUGAGGCAGCUAACAGGGUGGUGGACCAUCUUGAAGAAGGCACUUUUGCCAAGAUAAUACCGGUAGAGGAAGACGAGCCUCACAUCAAAGCACUACGUAACCUCAACAGAAACCUUAAUGAGAUAAGAACCCAACUUCCAUGGUCCAACUAUUUUAUCCAGUGAGCCUGUUGAUGGGUUACUUUUUAUCUUUGCAUACACAGUUUAUUUUUUAAAAGUUUAUGCUCAAGGUCACAUCUCAAAUUGUCUAUGCAUGAACUUCUUGUAAUGGUCUUUAGAUUAUUGGUUCAUUGUAGAAACUAUUCUUUAAGAAUUAAAUGACAACUAUAUAGAAACCAAAAGGUGCCUCCCCCAUCA